AUGUCUGACACCCAAAAAACUGCAAUAAUCUCACUUCAUUUCAACGUGCCCGAUAAACUAAACGUCUCUUACAAGAAUAAAAAUGAUCUGUGGAAAUCGUACAAGAAAUGGAUAAGAAGUCUUAAUCUCCCUAGCAACGAGGUGUAUUUUUGCGAUAGAGAAGGCUAUCAUACAGGGAUUAGGAAUGCAGAUGACUUAUUCGAAGCUGUGCAGCAGCCAGGCUAUGUCAAGCUAUUCACUCCUGGCAAGGAAAGAGAAAUCAGCACUGAUUCGGAAUCAGAAAUAGCAAGUUCUUCGCUUAUACUCCGUGGACGAAGUCAAAAAAAGAAGUGGACGACGAAUAGUCGACUUCCAGAAUGGACACCGACUUCAUCUCCACCUCCUUACUAUUUUUUCAUUGACGACAAUUGCACAAAAAAGAGCAUGAAUUACUUCCAUAAGCAAGAUGAUCCUCCCAAGUUUCGGCAAAAAUUUCCAGCAAUAGAUUGUUCUUCCAGUUAUCUUCUAUCUCCGAACUUUGCCGAUUUCCAAGGAAAUAAUUCGAUUCCAACCGCUCAAAUUUCUCCAUGGAAGCGACAGAACUCUUUGCGAAAUGUGCACGACGUUAUUGACGCAGUACUCGUGGUGGCACGUAUCGGUGCAAAGGCAAUGAGAAAACUGUCGAUAAUUGCCAGUUGCUGGGGACUACUUUUUAUGUUAACUGCACACACUCGUCAUUGUUUGAAGCGAUGA